CAGUUUUACAGCUACCCCUUACUGUAGAGACCUGUUGGCAGCGUGGCACUCAUUUUUGUACCUCGCGCAAGACUCGCUUGUUGGCAGCGCGGCUGCUUACUCACCGUCGCGUCAGGACGCGAUGCGCAAGAGCCAUGUCAUCGCGGCCCCCCUCCCAAUGCCCUUUUCUUGUCGGCCUCCUCGCCGCGUCGCCUCGAAAUCUCCUACGAGGCGACGAGGAGGGGCUUAGCCUUGAUAUAGAUCAAGACUGCUGGGAGGGAGAGUGCGAGUUGAAAGAAUAUCCAAGACGCGAACAAGCUUAUCACAGCACCACUAGCUGCUCCUCCUGAACGAAACAGAGAGAGUACUCUCGUCUCGCCUGACUCUAUCCUACAUGGAAGAAAUCGCUCCGACGACUAUGGAGGCGGCGGCACCGCCUCAACUCACCCUGAAAGUAGCGGUGGCCGUGGACGGCAGCGACAACAGCAUGGACGCGCUGCGCACCGCCGUGCGGCUCUUAGCCGGCGCUGCCUCUGAGCUGCACAUCCUCCACGCGCGCCGCGCCGUCGAUGAGUUCCGCAUGGACUCCCUAUUCGCAUGGCGCGACCACUUGAAGCGCAUGGACGGGCAAGCACACAGCAAGGCCCAGGCGCUGCUGGAGCGGUGCUGUGCGGUGGCGGAGGAGGAACGUGGGCUCAGGGGUAUCCCCCCUGGACGCAUGGAGGUUAAGGGGGUAGAGCUGAAGGGUGACCCUCGUGACACUCUGCCGGGCAAAGUGAAGGAGUUGGGCGUCAACAUGCUGGUGAUGGGGUCCCGAGGGAAUGGCCUGCUGAAAAGGAUUACUAUGGGGAGUGUGUCCACGCAUUGCAUGCAUCAUGCUUCCUGCCCCGUCCUCAUCAUCCCCCCAGUCAAGGCCAAUCCUACCACGCCUCCUGCCAAGGAGAAAGGGGUGGUGGAGAAACCAUUGGUGGAGAAGGUGGAGGAGCAGAAGCCAGAGGAGAAAGAAAUGGAAGAAAAAAAAGUGGAAGAGGUACAGGCACCUGAAGAGAAUCUGCCUGUGGAUGCGCCAGAAGUGCCAGCUUCUACUGAGGGUGCAUCCGAAAAGCUUGCAGCUGCACCAGCAGUAGAUGCUACUGGAAAUGAUGUUCCUGGGGCCUUGGCGAGUGGUGCGUGAGUAAGUUUUCAAGGAUAUAGUCUGUACAUAGAGUGAAAUAAUGGGUUCCUGCUUAUUUCGGAAAUCGUGUAUAGAUGUUCAUAUGUACUUGUUGGCUACAUGUAAUAAGAUGG